ACCGGUGCUACGGUGCUCAUGUUGUGACUGCGAUGGACAUCGCCAAGUGGGCCGGGUGACUUUUGUGUGACGGUCGCAUGGCCAAGGUGCACAAUGAGCUUCCACUUGCCAAUGUUUCCGAGAAGGCAAGUAUCGGUGAGAUACUGCAAAGCAAAAGCAGGAGUGGCGUGAGCGAUCUGAAAGGAUCGAAGAGCCUUGGUCCGCCUCCGGGCUACGACAAGGAUGGCAUCAUCCGAAAGUUCUGGAGCAACUGCAAGAUCAAACAUGGCAAAUACGAGUGUGGGCAGGAAGUGAACUGCGAAAAGACCAUCCCGGUGGCCCUAGAUAUCGCUCCACACGAACUGAAGGAAGUGAGUAAUGAAAAGGAACAGUUUGAACUUGUCUUUAUCAUGAAGAUGUACUGGCAGGAUCCCAAGUUGCAUAGCUUCAAGACGAAGAUCACUCGACACAGGCCCAAAGAUGACCCUAUCGAAGCGGUGGACCCCUUGGAGGAGGUGAAGGGCAUCGUGCGGCGGAAGUACAGAAAUGGAGAUCUCCUCUUUAUUGAGCAGGAGGGUGAGAGGUACAAGCCGGCAGUGAUUCUUCGGAGGUCUGAAUAUGUCUUCAUGGAGGAGCCGGACUGGAAGAUUUAUUUCUUUCCGACCUACACCUUUUUGAACCUCGUGAGAACGGAAGCUCAGACGGAGGAGCCCAUGAUGAACCUGCUGUGGUGCGACGAGGAGAAAGGUGGUUUCGUGGAGUUCCGCCGGCGCUACGACGCGGUGUUUCAGGAAUCGCUGGAGCUGAAGAUGUUCCCAUUGGACCGGCAAAUCUGUAGGAUCAGAAUCACUGCAGAGAAGGAAAUCCAAGAUUUCCAGUUCGUGGGCAUUGAAGGAUGGAGAAACAUCGCGACGGUCCAUGAAGAGUGGCAGGUGGAGGAUAAGAUGUUCAGCCCGUGCACCACCUACGUCCGCUAUGCAGAUGAGAAGUGCGAACACAGGUCUCAGCGAUCCUUGGCGAAGACUGUGCUCCAUCUGCAACGCAAAGGUGACUACUAUUUCCACAACGUUUUGAUCAACAUCUUCCUUGUGAACGUCAUCGCCCUCUCCGCCUUCGCUGUGGGAAUUGGGGACAUCGGCGAUCGGCUGAGCCUGUUGAGUACCACGUUGGUGGCGGUCACGGCCUAUCAGACGGUGAUUAAUGAGAACAUCCCGCGAAAGACUUAUCUGACGGUUUGUGACAAGUACAUCAUCUUUGCCGUCGUCUACCAGGUGCUCAUGGCGGUCGAGACGGUGGCUCUGAGCUUGAUAUCGCACGUGUUGAGCUGGUACACGGGCGAGGAGGAGCAUGCGGAAAUGAUAGAGUGGAUCACCCUCUACGACUGGAUCAUCGGGACAGUCUUCGUGGUGGGUUGGGUGCUGGGCCACGCGGCGAUUCUGCUGAUGCUGCGCAAGGAAGGCCUCGCUUCAGGAAGCUGGAAGGAAGCCUAUGAGGCCAACGAGGAACCCUAUGCGCCAGUCUUCGAGUGCAGCACCUGUGGGAAGCGUUGGCUCUGUUCUCAAACACACCAACGCAAGGUGACAGAGCAAAACCUCAUCUGGUGCGAGUGCAAUGAGAAUCGCCUGUCAAGGAUCAAGAAGCGCUACUACACACCCGGCUGCAAGGGCUUCGAAAAGCCUGUGGUGCCUCAACAGAAUCUUGAUAAGUUGAUGUGUGCUCCGCCGCAUCUGCAGGUGGGGGACGAGCAACAUGCAGAUGACUUCAACCAGAAGUUCCAGCGGCCUGCGGCCAAAGCUGCUGCGGUUCGUGACAGCCAUCCGCCUGAAUUGCUGCAGUGAUGAAUUUGUUCUGGGUCGAAACAGGUACUGUACGAGUGUACAUUUUUUUUUGAGUCACCAUCCC